AUGGCGGACACAGUACCCAACACCGCUCCUAUGCGGGAGGUACAAAUUGAGGCGCUCGUGGUGAUGCGCGUGAUCAAGCACAGCACUUCCGCCUUCCCAACACCAGCAACUGGAUGUCUACUAGGAAUGGACAUGGCCGCCAGCAGUGGCACGCAACUCCAGAUCACCAACUGCUUUCCUUUCCCGGCCGCAGCCCCAGACCAGCCAUCGACACAACAAGAUACCGGCUACUACCAGCAACCCACGGAUGCCGCAACAUUAGCAGCCGGUGCACCCAGAGCGAAGAGCAACGUCAACUACCAGAAUGAGAUGAUCAAGUACCUUCGCGAGGUUAACGUCGAUGCGCAGAGCGUGGGAUGGUACAUCAGCACGAGCAUGGGCAAUUUUGUGAAUCUGAACUUCAUCGAAAACCAGUUCUUCUACCAGAAGGCUGCGGACGAGAAGACUGUGGCGUUGGUGUUCGACGUGAGCAGAAGCUCGGCGGGUAGCUUGAGCUUGAAGGCGUACAGAUUGAGCCCAAGCUUUAUGGCCAGCUAUCGCGAGGGCAAGUUCAACACCGAGAACCUGCAAAAGUCGAACCUCCGCUACCAGGACAUCCUCGUCGAAAUCCCUAUCCAGAUCCACAACUCACACCUGCUCACAUCCUUCUUGCACGAUCUACCACAAGCCCCGCCAAAGCAGACCGCACUGGACUUCCCUUCGUCACUCGCAGACCUCUCCCACGACCCCAACGUCUCAUCAAACCCGUUAGCACCGAACCUCGACCACCUGGAUCUUAGCAUUGACCCCUUCAUGGAAAAGACUUGCGAUCUCCUGCUUGAUAGCAUCGAGGCCCACCAGACAGAGCAGAACAACGCGCAGUAUUAUCAGAGGUCCCUCGCACGAGAGCAGGCAAAGAUUACGGCGUGGCAGGCGAAACGAAAGCAGGAGAACCAGCUCCGGCAGCAACAGAAGCAACCCUUACUGGACGAGAAUGAGUGGCAGAAGCUGUUCAAGCUGCCGCAGGAGCCCUCGAAGCUAGAGAGUCUGCUGAUCGGAAGACAGGUGGAGCAGUAUGCAAGGCAGGUUGAUGGGUUCUCGGCAGUGGUUUCUGGGAAGAUGUUCGGUGCGAGAGGGAACCUUCUGCCGGGCGAGGCGCAAUGA